AUGUUAUCUAUAGCAUCGGAGGAGGAGGUAAAGUACGGUCCGUGGUGUGAGUACCAGGUGUACGUGAGGACGGGGGACCGGGUCGCCGCGGGAACCAAAGCCGAUAUCAAGAUCCAACUGUACGGGGAGAAAGGUCGCACCAAGGAGGUCACACUGGGAAAGUUAUCCCAGAACAAGGUCAAGAACCAGAGGGGACAGGAGGAUAUAUUCGUAUUCCCGGCACACCAUGUUGGAAAACUGCGCAAAAUCAAAAUAGGCCAUGAUCGACCAGAACUCAGCUAUGCGUGGUAUGUGGGCAGUGUGUCUGUAUCGGACAUGCAUGACAAGCGGAUAUAUGACUUCCCCUGUCAUACUUGGCUGUCUGGGCGCGAUGGCGACAAGAAAACAUUCAAGGAGUUCACACUGGAUGGAGAAAGAGCAUUUGUUGAAGGUGUUAAUGAGAUCACUACUAGUGAUAUUUCAGAAAAGAGCAAGGCUUCACUUGAUGAAUCAAAAAAGGAGAUCACUGUGUCUGUAUGGGAUUUUGCAGGUCAGACUCUGUACUAUUCAACACAUCAGUUCUUUCUGAAUGAGAGGUCUAUAUAUUUAGUCGUGAUGGACAUGACAAGAAGUUUGGAAGAUGUUGUAAGUAAAUCAGAUGGAAUUGGAAUUUGGUGUGGUUUGGUGGAUAGUUGUACCUAUUUGGAUAUUUUUAAAUUUUGGCUUAAUGCAAUUCACAUGAACAGUGAUUAUCAAUCUGGAGAAAGGACAAUAAAGCCAACUGUUAUUUUAGUUGGCACGCGGAAAGACAAAAUGAUGGGGAGUGCUGAAGAAAAAUAUCAAAAUAUGAAGUUGUAUUUUGACAAUGCUUUAUGUAGCUUUGAUAAACACUCACCAAUCUUUAAUCACAUUUAUAAAAAAAGAUUUCUUGUAAAUAAUUUGUCUCCAAAGGAUUCUGCUUUUGCAGAGUUACGAAAAGAAAUUAUAAGUUUGGCUGCAAAGCAAGAUUACUGGGACGAAGAAUAUCCAGUUCGAUGGAUUCACAUGGAACGAAAAUUGGACAAAAUGAGAGAUGAAAAGCGGCAGAUAGUUAAAAUGAAGGAUGUUGAAAAAGAAGAUCUUGAAAACAUACAACCACUGGGUAAAGAAGCGCUAACAUCGUUUCUUGAAUUGCAGCACAAACAAGGCAAUAUCAUUUUUUUCAACUCAGGCGAACUAAAGGAUUUUGUUGUUCUUGCUCCUCAAUGGAUCAUUGAAGCUUUCAAAUGUUUCAUACCGCAUAAUCAGGAAAUAGAAGCCACUGUUUUGAAAGAUUGGGAAGAAUAUAAAACAUAUGCAAUUCUAAAAAAAAAUGUUCUGGAUGAAGUUAUGAAAAACAGUCCUCCCUACAUACAUGACUACCAGACUGCUGUUAUAAAUUACAUGGAAUAUCUAAAUGUUAUAGCCAAGCCUUUAACAAGUGAAGAGGGUAUAACUGGAAUCCCAGUAGAUUUCCACAUCGUUCCUUGUCUACUGAGCAGGGCGCCACCGCCACUUCACGACUUUACAUCACCACCUGAUAAACCCCAAACACCAGUUUAAGCUUUUGUGUUUUGCGGAAAGUUUUUGCCCCCCUCUUUUUUCCAUAGGCUUGUUGCAGUGUGCAUUCAUGCUUGGCCUAUCUGCCAGGAACGUGGCCGAUAUUGUUUAUUCAACGGCUUGGCUGUAUUUACUCUUAAUGAUACCUAUACAUUGAGAAUAUGGUAUAUGGAUUACAUUAUUUAUGCAAGGAUAGUUUGUUGCUCAGAAAAUGAGAAGUUAGACAAUUUCAUCUGGCUGUUUCAAGAGGUUCGACAACAACUUAAGAAAAGUUUGAAAGACUUUGUUCAUCAAUCUUCUCCCGUAUUUGAAGAGUACAUUCAGUGCCCAGACAUGAAGGUUUCCUUGCACAAUAAAGGGUUGUUCUUGGUAAAACAGUUCAAGUACAAAAAGGCUAUAGCUUGUCCAGAGUGUAAUCCACAUGCUGUGACACGAUCAAAUGCUAUGAAACAUUGGUUCAAAGAGAGGUUAGAUCGAAUUGAAAAAGAUGAUGAAUAAUAUGGGAAAAAACUAUUCUAUAGAUCUUUACAAUACUAAAAGUUAAGACUUCCCCUUCUUUCCUUGUCUAGAGAUCAAAGCACAACCACCUCUAAACAGCUUUUACAAACUGUAAAACAAUCUUGCCCACUAGUUACCAGACCUGUUUGGUGGAGGGCAAUUUGAAAAGAUUGCAGAGUAUUUUGUUUAAUGAACUCAUAUUGCUGUAAUGUUCGGGUUGGUUGUUAUGUUACUUCUAAUUAUUGCAUGUAACCUACCAUGUUCAGUUUUGCUUAUAAUUUAGUAUAUUAAUAGUGUUUUUCCCAGGAGGGCAAAGGGGCAUGGCGCAUUACUUUCAAAAAGGGCAUUUUAGCGCGCAGUUUAGGCAAAAAAGGGCAAAAACGUUCCCUGAAUACCUGAAUUACGGGGCAACAUGUUAUCGCAUCUGAAGCAGUUGUGGAAAAAAUAACAUAUAAACAGGCACAUUUAAUGGUAAUUGAUGUAUUUAACUUACUAUGAUUUAUAUUAAUAUAUUUACAUUGCAAUGUACAUUUAAGUUCCAUGCUGUUUCAAUAAACUGUACAGCACGACAAACAUAAUAAAGCAAUAUAUGCAUAUGAAUCUGAUUAUACACAUAUCCACUAACAUAUAAAUGAAACCAUGUUUUUCUUAUCCCAUUUUCUAACAAUAAUCUUGCCAGAUGUUUAAAAUAACAUUGCGAGUAAAUUGAUUGCUAACAAUAUGCAAACACUCGUUUCCGUGACAUACAUCCACCAAGUAGAUUACAAAUAAAUAAAUAAUGUUGUUGCUAUCUAAAACAUUUUUAUGCAUCGUUGGUUAUCACAGACAUUUCAUUAAUUCCUUCUUAAUGUAUAAUCUCCAUCGUUAAUUCGAUCGUUUACCAUGUUAUUUGCCAUUUUUGCCGAGUCGCAAUUUAAUUCUGUAUAGUCUGCCAUGUUGUUCAAAUGUCAAAUGAUGUAAGCGACAGGUGCGCAUAGCAAUGUAAAAUCGUAUACGCGAUUCGCAUUUUGUUAAAUUAGUAUACGUCUCAAGUAAUUAUUUCAAUAAUUAGAUCUAAUUAUCUUAAAGACGAAAGCGAUAAAGAAUAAAUUUGUUUGUGUUUUAAUUGUAAUUAUGCGUAAAAAUAUAUGUUUUGAUAUAACUGAAUAAUGCAUGCAUUGCACAAUUGCCACGAGAGUAACAUCGAGUUUUUCAUCAAAAGUCUCCGAAGUAACAAUUUUAUCGUUGAGGCCGACCGAGAAGUGCGCUUGGUAUAACAUAGCCUCUGGCAUUAUCGAUUGAUACUGACACGGGGUUAUUCACGCAUGACUAAAUCACUGUUUUUGAGCAGUCUACCUAUAAAUCGAGCACUGUAAUAGAUUAAUCUGCUCAAAUAAUAGUCGAUUAGACGUUCACGUCUCUCGAGUAAAUCAAGCAAAUCAAGUAAAUCUCGUAAGGCAAUAAAGAUGUUAUCGAUAAGGGCGCGUGGCGAAAUUUGCCUUUGAAAAGAAGGGCGCGUGGCGAAAUUUGCCUUUGAAAAGGGCAGCGUGGCGAUCCGGGAGGGCGGCGUGGCUUUUCGCCACGCUAAAAUGGCCUGGGAAAAACACCAAAUUAUUAGUGUAAAUACAUUAUUUUUAUGCUCCCCUUCGAAGAAGAGGGGGUAUAUUGCUUUGCUCAUGUCGGUCGGUCGGUCUGUCGGUCCGUCCACCAGGUGGUUUCCGGAUGAUAACUCAAGUACGCUUGGGGCUAGGAUCAUGAAACUUCAUAGGUACAUUGAUCAUGACUCGCAGAUGACCCCUAUUGAUUUUGAGGUCACUAGGUCAAAGGUCACAGGUAAAGUUCACAGUUACUGGAAAUAGGCAUUUUAAGGAUUUAGCAUGGUUCAAACAAGGGAAACAACUACGGUUAAUGCAUGUUCUUUUUAUUACAGAUUUGCCUCCCUUUAAUUAAUUCAAAAUCUCAUUUUACAGCAGAGAUUCCAAAUCUGACCUGUAAAUGAGCCCCAUAUUUACUGCCAGUGCUAGGUUACCUUUUCCCAUUUGAUUAUUUCUUAAGUAUUGGUAUUGUAAUGCUCCUACUGCUGCUGCAUCUGCUACUGCUACUACUACUACUACUACUACCACUACUACUACUACUACUACUACUACUACUACUACUACUACUACUACUUCUACUACUACUACUACUACUACUACUACUACUUCUGCUACUACUACUACUACUACUACUACUACUACUACUACUACUACUACUACUACUACUACUACUACUACUACUACUCCAACACCACCACCACCACCAUUACCACCACCACCACCAUUACCACCACCACCACCACCAUCAUCACCACCACCACCAAUUCUACCAUCACCACCACCAUCACCACCACCACUUAUUCUACCAUGUCUACUAUUACUACUUUUACUACUACUGCCACUACUACUACUACUUUUACUACUACUACUACUACUACUACUACUACUACUACUACUACUACUACUACUACUACUACUUCUACUACUACUACUACUACUACUACUACUACUACUUCUACUACUACUACUUCUACUACUACUACUACUACUACUACUACUACUACUACUACUACUACUACUACUACUCCACCACCACCAUUACCACCACCAUCACCACCACCACCACCACCAAUUCUACCAUCCACCACCACCACCACCACCACCACUUAUUCUACCAUGUCUACUAUUACUACUUCUACUACUACUGCCACUACUACUACUACUACUACUUUUACUACUACUACUACUUUACUACUACUACUACUAC